CUGCCGGAGGCAGGGGAGGGGACGCCCCCUGCGGCUCGGGAGGGCGCUGGGGCUCCCGGCGGGGCCCCUGGAGCCUCCUGCUCCGCGCAGGUCAGCUCCGCUGAGGUGGCCGCUCAGAUAACGGGCCCGGGUGCGUGGGAACGUGCCAGCCAGGCCCGCCCCUCCCGCCGCGCGUCCGGGAGGGCCGUGGGGCGCCGGCGGCGCGGGGGGCACGGGAUCCGCGGGCAGGAGCCGAGGAGGUGCGCACCCCACGGCGCACCCACCGCCUGCGCGUCGCCUCUGCCGCGCCGCUGGCUCAGGGCCGGCUGGUAUUUAAUAGGCCAGGACCUAACAAAACCCGGAGUUUGCCAGCUCUUGCCCCUGUUCUUUGCCUCUCGUUUUGUUGGGGAAGAUAUCACAGUGAUGUCUGCAUUCAACCUGCUGCAUUUGAUGACAAAGAGCCAGCCAGUGUCCCUGCGAGCCUGUGGGCUUCCCUCAGGGUCAUGUAGGGAUAAAAAGAACUGUAAGGUGGUCUUUUCCCAGCAGGAACUGAGGAAGCGGCUAACACCCCUGCAGUACCAUGUCACUCAGGAGAAAGGGACCGAAAGUGCCUUCGAAGGAGCAUAUACGAAUCACAAAGAUCCUGGAAUCUAUAAAUGCGUUGUUUGUGGAGCUCCAUUGUUCAAGUCAGAAACCAAAUUUGACUCUGGCUCAGGCUGGCCUUCCUUCUAUGAUGUGAUCAGUUCGGAUGCUAUCACAUUUACAGAUGACUUUUCCUACGGGAUGCACAGGGUGGAAACAAGCUGCUCUCAGUGUGGAGCUCACCUUGGGCACAUUUUUGAUGACGGACCCCGUCCAACUGGCAAAAGAUACUGCAUAAACUCGGCUUCCUUGUCCUUCAUACCUGCAGACGGCAGCAGCGGUGCGACAGGGGGCGGGGGCAGCCCAGCCCAGGCGGACAAAACGGAGCUGUAGGGGCCAGGGAGUGAUGGAAACAAGUGUACUUAACACACAGCUAAUUAACAGAAUUCAGAAGUGUCUAUCCUAGAUAUAUUUUUUCAAAAGAAUAUAAGGGCAGUUUUGUGCUAUUGAUAUAUUUCUUCUUUUGCUUAAACAGAGGCUCUGGCCACUGAUGUAUUUUGCUAUUGACUAGAUCUGGAACUGUUUAUAACUUUAGCGAGCAGAGAUAGCUUUGUAAAACUUCUCUAUAAGCCAGUUAAGCACCACUUGGCAUUAUUUUCUUCACGCACAUAGCUUCUUUUGAGAUCCCUCCACCCCCUCCUUGGUUAAGAGGCUGAAGGUGCUUGGUCUUUAAGUGUGGAAAUCGAGAUCUCCUACACAGUGUUAAACACCAGAGCUCGGAAGUGCAGGGCACCGAGACCUACGAGACACAUGGCCCUGAGGCAUUUGUACAGAUAAGGAUGGAGUGAUGCCUUCUGAGACUUCUUAGCUUUGUGGACAGUUUGAGCUAAGGUCGUUUAUUCUCACUAAAAGGGUGUGAAGGUCUAAAGUCUUUCCUUAUGUUAAAUUGUUGCCAGAUCUGAGGGGGCGCACUGAGUAUUGGGGCAGAGGAGUAAACAUUACCUCACGGUUAGGCCUUUAUUUUAUUUUCCAUUGAACACAUUGGAAUGUAAGACAACUGUAAACUGUGGAGCUCUGUUUUGUCCAAAGUUCACAAAGAAGAACACCUGCCAUUGCCUUUUAUAAGUCCGUCCCUCCACACCUAAUACCAGCUGCAUCUGGAAGGGCAUUUUGGUGAAUUCCACUGUGUAAACUAAAAUAUUGGGAACAACGCACUUCAUCAAGGCAGCAGCAAUAGGAGAGCAGAGAAGACCAAAGAGGAAGUCCUGGGUGCUGAUGCAGCCAGUAUUACGCAGAAGGGCUGACAAGGUGCUGCAAGUAACAAACAGUACCGCAAGUACCACACAGAACCCUAAGGGAGGGACUUUGUGUGCAAGUUCAGGAAGACCCUGGAGAGACAAUGGAUAUUAAAAUACAAAUAGCCAGGAGCUCGAGUCCCGCCCUUGACACCAAUCUGUUGUGCGGCAAGAGACAAUCCAUUUAGCUUCUUCAUGCCUAUCCCUCAUGUCUAAACUGGGACUUACAUUAUUUGUAAAAUAAUUGACACUCUCAGGGCAAAAUUACAAUAUUAUAUUGCUAUACAGUUAAGAUCAGUGUUGUAAAAUUAAACUGAUCUGGUUCUAAUUGCCUCAAAGGCCAAACCCAGGCAUUUGAAAUGGAAAGAAGCAGAGAGGAGGUACAGUUAGCUGAUUGGUAUGGAAACAGUUGGGCGAAGAGCCAGAAAUUUUUCUUUGUAGCAGUAUGGCUGGUUUUACUCUGAGAAGCUCUGCUCGGUUGUAUAACAUGUAGUCUGGUGGGAUGGCUGUCAUUGCACACCAGAAGGCUUUCACGGGUCUGAGCCGCGGUGUUACAGAUUGCUAUCCCUGGAGCCAGGUGUGAAGGUGCAGUGUAUGGCUGAUAUGUUUUGUGUCUGUAACCUUGGAUGCUAACCCUGAAGUGCAGUUUUUUGGAAAUUUUUUUUUGUAAAUCUUUGAGAGCUCGUGAAGAUUGAUGUCUUUCCUUAGACAUACCACGGCAAAAAUAAGAGAGGCACUUGACAAUGUUACAGAAAUGAGAAAAUGAGAAGUUGUGACAAAUCGAAAUGUCAGUGUGGUCAUGUCCACAUUCCUGUAUGUGUCUGCAGCUUCCUGGCGAGGCCCUGACAUCCCAGUGACUCUUCCUUGUCAUGUUUGCUACAAGUUUGCAAUUUCAGAUAAGUUAUGCUCGUCUUCCCUCGGCUCCCAGGUGUUUCCCCUCAGGCCCUGGGGUCACUCGGGAAUUUGCAGGUUUCACUCCCCUGUAGAAAUGAGAUUUAAAAUUUAAGAUCAUUGAAGCCUCAGCAUCCAGAAGUUCCUAGAAGCUGUUCCCAAGCUCACAGAGGGAGCCCCAACAUUUCCCUGUGACCCUGCGAUCCCAUGUGGAAUCGGCCAGUGUGAAGUCCGCCCUUGGGGGCGCACACAGCCCUUCUCACGUCACUGCAGUCACGUGUGGCGGCCCGCCCCGGGGCAGGUUGGACACGAGCCACAGUGUCGGGACAGACAAGGAAGAUAAAUUAGGGGCUUCUUUCCUCUCCCCAGAGACUCUGGGUUCUCUUUGUUCCUUCAUUUUUAUUAUAGGGCUUAACAUUUCCCUCAAAGAACUCUCUUUCUAAUCCUUAGUCUAUGUUUCAUGGAAAGCCAGUUUUUAUUCUACCACGUUUUCCAGCAUCAACUUUAAGAAAAAUGUAACAUCCAUAGAAAAAAAAGUGGGGUGUAUGCAUGUGGUUUAAUUCCAGAUUGCUUUUGAGUUUAAGUGGUAUCAAAUUUCAGUAUAUUUCUGUCUUAUGUUAAGGAAAUAUAUUACUAAAAUGUCAGUGAG